CCAGCGAGCCGACACAGUCAGCUGAUUAGGCGACACCAAAUGUAGUGUAGUGGUGCAGGAUCUCCUGGGCUCUCCUCCUCACACAGAAGUUCCAAGCAGAUGCCAUGCAGAUGUAUUUUGUCUUCUCCGAGAAUGUUACUCUACUCUUUGAUUUCUGGACGGUCCACACACUGGCAGGUCUCAUACUGUCAUUCCUGGUUGUCCUUCUCCUUACCAUCCUCUAUGAAAUCUCAAAGGUCUGGAAGUCUAACCUUCUUACCAGAACCCUGCUGGCCUUCCCAGUGACUGACGACCCGAUUCCUUCCUCAUUCCUGACCUCAGACUCGGAGGCAGCUGUGGUUGUGACUGCAGACCCUUCGCAGGAAAGAGACACCAUUUCUUCCCAGCAAACAGAAACAUCAGGGUCUCUCUAUGCGGGCCACGUAGCCUCCAACUGCAGGUGGUGGUUCCUGCACUGUUCACUUUCUCUUGUUCAUAUGGUCCAAAUCGUUCUUGGAUACAUGCUUAUGUUGUGUGUGAUGUCAUACAACGCCUCCAUCUUCAUAGCGGUGAUUAUUGGCUCGGGACUAGGAUACUACAUGGCAUUUCCAUUUCUUUCUAAGUACUCCAAACCUCAUGUGUUGUAAGAUAAAAUCACGUUUAUCAGCGUUUGGUCUGCCAAAGAUGGAGCCCACCUACGAUUCCCUACUGGGAAAAAAACAGUGAAACCUAGCAAGCGGAACACCAUUUCCUAAUAGUUAUAGAAUUUGUGUCACAGUCUGCUGAUCCACAACUUGUUUGUUCUGUCUUAGCUCUCCUACCUCCUAAAACCCUCUGGGUGUUCUUCUGUUUGUUUUUACUGUUUAUGGGGCUUUUUCCUUUAAAUUUCCCUUUUAUACCAGUAAAGGGAAUGAUCCGAUCAACCGAUAUCAAGGAGCCUUAGAAGUUAGAACACUCGAAUUAUCACCGUAACUACUCCAGAACUCAACCGGAUUUUUAAAAGCUCUCAUCUUUGUUUGAGGAUUUUUUGUUUGCAACAAAGGUUGCUACCUGUGAAACCGGACCCCUGAAGCACUGCUUUCAUUUGAAAUAUUCUAAGAGACUACACUU